GUGGGCAGCAGGCGCGCUGACAGAGCUAAAUUGCUCUUUUAAUUAAAGCAAUGCAGCAGAGGAAAUUGCUGUCUGAAUAUUGUCCCCGAGAUGGGGGCCUCUGACAGUUGCCUGGAAACUUCUAUCUGUCCACUCGCGUUUAUUCCAGAUCCCAGUUAUGAGAUAAAGUUUAAUAAAAAUCUUUUUCCUCCUCCACCAAAUGAAAUCCGAGCCUUUUGUGAAGGAGCGCGCACAAUGCGAGGCGACUGCGGAGGGAAGCUCAUGUUCAACAUGUAUCUCUCAGAUCCGACAGAACAUCUGUUGAAAGACAACAAAGGAGCGUCUUGGGGUCCAAUAAACACCGGAGCGCAGAAAGGCAGCGGGCAGAUCCAGCUGUGGCAGUUCCUGCUGGAGCUCCUGUCGGACGGCAGCAACAUGGCGUGCAUCGCCUGGGAGGGAACCAACGGCGAGUUCAAGCUCAUCGACCCGGACGAGGUGGCCCGCCGGUGGGGGGAGCGCAAGAGCAAGCCCAACAUGAACUACGACAAACUGAGCCGGGCGCUGCGCUACUACUACGACAAGAACAUCAUGACCAAGGUCCACGGCAAACGGUACGCCUACAAGUUCGAUUUCCACGGUUUGGCGCAGGUGUGCCAGCCGUCCUGCAGCACGGAGCAGACCAUCUACAAGUUCCAGGGGAACUUCUCCCCGCUUCCUUUCUCCGGGAUUUCCAAACUGAACCUGCAUGUCGCUCCCGGUGUUGGACCCUCGGGGUUCUCCUACUGGCCCGGUUCGCCGUCGGCGGCCCUUUACCACAGCCACAACCUGCAGGCGGCGGGGCCUUUCGGCACCGUGUCCCCCAGCCACAUCAGCUGCGUCAACACUCUGAGCAACAUCAAUAAUCCUUACAACUGAGUCUGCCAGGUAAAAUUAACAUCAUAUUUUCCAAAGCAUAUAAUUAUCAAGACCUUUUUUUUUUCUUCUUUUCUUUCUUGUAAUUGUUUUUAUUAUUAAAAAUGCCCUGAAGGCUAUAAUUUGGGUCUUUUGUUUGAAAAGGGGCAAUAAAAGUUCUUAUUUCA